CGCAAAUGGAUCAGACCUGACGCGCUGAUAAUCCGCCCUGCCGAAAAAGAGAAGUAUUCCGAGAUAUUGCGCCGCAUAAAGCGUGAUGUCCCAGCAGACCAGGUUCGAAAUACCGUCGAGAAGGACCAUCACAGGAAUUCUUCAAGACGAUGCUAAGGUAGUCUGUAAAGGUCCACAGGAGACCAUUGAGAUUCGAGACAUCGACGAAGAAACGACGAAGGAAGAGAUCCAGGCCGCCCUGAAAGAGGAAGUUGGAAAAGAUCAUGAGAUACCUCUAGAAGGAAUAAAAAUCCGUAAGGCUUUCAGAGGUACGCAGACGGCUGCAGUCACUUUACUUAUGACCAUCGCGCGAAAAUUAGUGGAAGGAACCGGCAAGAUCCAUGUCGGGUGGGUUAACUGCCGAAUCAAAGCGACGACGAGACCUAUCCAAUGCUUUAAAUGCUGGCACUUUGGACAUGUUGGGCCCCAAUGUAAAAGCCAAGUAGACCGAUCUAAACUCUGCAUCAGAUGUGAACAAGAAGGGCACCGUAUCGCGGACUGUAAAAAUUCUGCCAAGUGUGCAAUAUGUGCUGACCAGCAAGGAGCAAAGGACGUGGCUCACCAUGUCGGCACCUACAGAUGCCCGGUAUAUCAGGAGGCGCUCCAGAAGUUGACGAACAAAUAA